AACUGGCCAUGCGCACCUUCGCUGACCAGUGAAUACCCUCGCCAUCUCCUCUCAUACGUCGAUGCUGAUUCUUCAUUCGCAGCGCUCCGUUCCUAUUGUCUGUCCCAGAUAGAUACCCCGGCUGUGGUGGAUCCUCCAGCUCCUGUUCUCGUCCCUGUUGUAGGUGCCCGCCAUAUCGCACGCGUUCCUCUUGAACGUUCUGGAGAACUUGAUCUCGGGACUGCUGUAACUGUGGUCGAGACCCGUCAAGGGUGAUCUGCCAGCUGGGUGUCUUGGAGGCUGCGCAGCGCGAGCUUGGAACCAUGGAGGAAAUACCAGUCCAUGGCCUCGAGGAGCUCGAGAGACACGUCCAGCAGCUCGCUGAAGCCCCAGAAACGCCUCUCGAUACCAAGCUGUUUGAUGAAGUAGAGCUGCAGCUGAAUGAUACAAACAUACCUCCUUUGAUACCCCGACUACUACCGAACCUCACACAAGUUCUCCUCGCCUAUGACAAAGACCCAACAAUCUUGGCAAGCCUCUGCAUGAAGCUCCUGCGACCCGUCCCAUUCACUCAGGCCCUCACCCUCGCCUCCGAGGAUGCCCUCAUCCAAGCCCUUCGAUCCCCCGCCCCUGCGGCAGCUAUACUGGCAAUCACAGUUAUCGAGAAAGCAGCACGAAGCCCAAGCGAUACUGCAAUACUCUCCAUCAUGAAAGGAGUAGUCGAGGAGUUCCUGCGAACAUGGCUCAGCACCCCGCACGUCGAAGUUGGAGAGAAGGCUACGAAGGCACUCGGCGAUCUACUCGAGGUGGAUUGUGACCGCAGAACAUCAGCUACAAUCGACACGAAGAUGAGCGGCCUCCAAAUCGCGUCGAAUAUGCCACCCGGUCAAGGUCUAUUAUGGCGGAGAAUAUUCCAAGACCGCGAGAUCUACAACCUUCUAUUCUCCCUCUGCAGUUUCCACACAAUCGGUACCGGUCCAAGUCAGCUCGAUGAGCGACAAAAGUCAUUAGCACAAGCCCGCCUCCUUCGCGUUUUACCGCGACUGGCGGUUCUGGACUUCCAAACCAUAACUCGCAGCCAUUUCCCCGAGAUCGAAGGGCGAUACAAGAUUGACCAGCAUGGACUGUUAUAUUUUGCGGCUGUUGAUAUGGUGAACAAGGAAGAGGAUAUGUUGAUGCAUAUCACAGUUAUUGAUUUUUUCGCUGAGUUUCUGGACGUGAUGAGUAUGACGGAACUGACGAAGAGCACAAUGGAUUAUUUGGCUGCACUGAUGAAGAAGGUUGCGUCUACGGAUGAGACGCUUUAUAAGAGUCUUGAGGCGAUGGCAUUGGACCCGGAGACGAGCCCGGAAUUGGUGGAUUUGCUGGUGAAGUUGAACGAGUAUCCAUGAUAUCCCCGCGUAAGCUGGAGAAAGGGAUAAUUUCGGGUUCAACCAGGACGAUCGCGCGAGGGAUACCUUGACCGGCUUGCACGGGAGAUCAGAAUUACUGCAUGAGUCCGCUGGUCGACAUCGGCCACCACCUCGUUCGAAAUGAAGCAGCUUGAGAGCCUCCGAUAGCAAACAUCGCUCGCCAGAAGGGCGUUAGCUAGAUUGAGCAGACUCAGCUUUCAGGCAUCACAUGGAAUUCCCUGAAGGCAAUGUGUAACAAUAAUCAGCAAUGAGCUUUCAGAAAUCCCUCAAACCGCUUGCUUGCUCGCAAAUU